AUCUACAACUUCAGAUUUCUAUAACGUCCCUUCACACACUUGAAGUGAAUUCUAUUGGUCAAUUUCAAGUUAUUCUGAUAAUUAUUGCUGAAAAUAGAAGGGGGUUUAAUCAAUGAUAUACUGCGAAAAUACGUAGGUGCACGAUAUCAAUCAUACUAUUGAAUUCCACAUCUAGCCGGCAAUUGUGCUUUAUUUACGAGGAUAUCUAAAAUUCAAAUCUACUUCCAUCACAAUGCCACCACGAAUAAUACAUACCCGAAUAACCUCCCCAAUCUUCCGUUUCGCUCGCCUCUACUCUAGCGACACCGGUCCUAUUAUCAGAGUCACCAACAUCCCCGCCCCUAAUUCCGGUCACAUCCGAAUCCUCGAGCUUAACCGACCGUCUGCCCGUAAUGCCAUAUCAAAAGCCCUCCUCGCUGCUCUACGAGCCGAGGUUGACGACGUCCAGGCACAAUAUACUAUAGAAGGUCAAGAACUACCACAGCCCCCACGGUUCGGGGGUGCUGCAGGUAUAGAUCAAAAGGGUCCAACGCGCGCUUUGAUUCUCGCAAGCGCUGUCGACGCCAGUUUCUGUGCCGGUGCUGAUCUUAAGGAACGCCGUGGCUUCACGCCAGAAGAAACAUCCCAAUUCCUCGCUAACCUACGCGGCACAUUCGCCUCGCUCUCCUCCCUCCCGAUCCCGACUAUCUCCGCUGCAUCCUCCGUCGCUCUAGGCGGUGGCCUCGAACUAGCGCUAUGCACACAUUUCCGCGUCCUCGCAUCUACUGCCACGAUCGGUCUUCCUGAAACACGCCUCGGCAUCAUUCCCGGCGCUGGUGGGACAUAUAGACUCCCCGCACUCAUCGGACUGUCACGCGCCCGCGAUAUGAUACUCACCGGGCGGCGGGUCUCUGCGCCCGAGGCAUAUUUCCUGGGGAUAGCUGAUCGGUUAGUCGAGGUGCUACCGGAAGAUGAGAGGGAUGGCGUCGCACAGGAGAACGGUGGUGGAGGUGAAGAAGGAUUACCGGCUCGAGCGCGUAAUGCGGUGUUAUCUGAGUCCGUAAGACUGGCGAGUGAAAUAUGCGAAGGUGGUCCGAUUGCGGUUAGGUCCGCGCUGCAGGCUGUUAGUUGGGCGAGGGAGGAGGUGGAAAAUGCGAUGUAUGAGAGGGUCGUGAAGACCGAGGAUCGGGAUGAGGCGCUGGAAGCGUUUAAGGAGAAGAGGAAGCCAGUUUUCAAGGGACGGUAGAGUAAAAGCCCAAGAUAUCGAGGGGGUCGGAUUGAUGAUACUAUUACGAUGUACAAAAUUUCGGGCGGCCACUUAGGGGAACGACCCGUUCCAUAAGUCUGGCUCCAUUAAUGCCGAUUUCAGCCUCCCAUGAUAUUUUCUAGUUACGGCUAGAGGUUGGUAGGACAUGAUGAAAUAUCCACCCCAGAUGAACAAGAUCCCAAGUUGUUCAUCAUCGCAAGACUGACAAGUCCUAACUUUAUGAGACAUACUCUACGUGUAAGUGGCGCACAAUAGUUAAGUUAAAUCUGAUUUCCCUAGAUUUCCAUCCCUA